GUGAGGAGGGAAGAGUUUGCAGACGGAGCCUUAGCAGCUGCCUCGGUCGGGUCCUCAGAGGGUCCUCAGAGUUACUGCUACCGCGGCCCACCACCAGCCGGCAUGUCCUCUGCUCACUUCAACCGGGGCCCCGCCUAUGGCUUGUCGGCUGAGGUCAAGAACAAGCUGGCCCAGAAGUAUGACCACCAGCGGGAGCAGGAGCUUCGAGAGUGGAUCGAGGGGGUGACAGGGCGCCGCAUUGGGAACAACUUCAUGGAUGGCCUCAAAGAUGGCAUCAUUCUUUGCGAGUUCAUCAAUAAGCUCCAGCCAGGCUCCGUGAAGAAGGUCAAUGAGUCGACCCAAAAUUGGCACCAGCUGGAAAACAUCGGCAACUUCAUCAAGGCCAUCACCAAGUAUGGGGUGAAGCCCCACGACAUUUUUGAGGCCAACGACCUGUUUGAGAACACCAACCACACCCAGGUGCAGUCCACCCUCCUGGCCCUGGCCAGCAUGGCCAAGACGAAAGGGAGUAAGGUGAACGUAGGGGUGAAGUAUGCAGAGAAGCAGGAACGGAAAUUUGAGCCAGAGAAGCUAAGAGAAGGGCGGAACAUCAUCGGGCUGCAGAUGGGCACCAACAAGUUUGCCAGCCAGCAGGGCAUGACGGCCUAUGGCACCCGGCGUCACCUCUACGACCCCAAGCUGGGCACGGACCAGCCCCUGGACCAGGCCACCAUCAGCCUGCAGAUGGGCACCAACAAGGGAGCCAGCCAGGCCGGCAUGACUGCACCCGGGACCAAGCGACAGAUCUUCGAGCCAGGGCUGGGCAUGGAGCACUGCGACACACUCAACGUCAGCCUGCAGAUGGGCAGCAACAAGGGGGCCUCACAGAGGGGCAUGACAGUGUAUGGGCUGCCACGCCAGGUCUAUGACCCCAAGUACUGCCUGACGCCCGAGUACCCGGAGCUGGGCGAGCCCGCCCACAACCACCACGCGCACAACUACUACAACUCUGCCUAGGGCCCUGGGCCCCCCACCCUGCCUUCCCCCCCCCCAGGGAGGCUAGCUGCUGCUCUCGGCAUGGCCGAGCUGGCCCCGCCGACCCCCUCCCCUGCAUGGCGUCCUCCAGCCCCCUGGCACCUGCCUACAGGGUUAGCGUUGUGGGGGGGCAGACUGGGGGGGGCGUGUGUGUCGGGGGGAAGGGGGCCCUCCUCCCUGGAGCGCCGCAGGAUCCAACAUCGAGCCGGGUGUGCCCAACAGCACCCAAAGGACGCACUGAGCAAAGCUACCCCAGCUGUCCCCCCACUCCCUCACAGGUGGGUCCCCGCAGGGCAAGAAGUCCCCCCAAGCAAAGCCCCCAGAGCCCAGGCUCGGCCCGCCCCCACCCCAUCCCCGCAGUGGGAGCAAACUGCAUGCCCAGAGGCGCAGCGGACACACGCGGUUUGGUUUGCAGCGACUGGCAUAAAAUGUGGAUGUGACAGCGGCGUUUGUAAUGCAAGCACUUUCUUUUUCUAUUUCACUGGAGCACAAUAAACAGCUGUAAAAUCAU